AUGGCUCCAGCCCCAGUUCAUCAGAACGAUGCAAUGCUUAUCCUGACUUGGAUGAGAAGGCACAGGCUCGUGUUUGGCACAGACAUUGUAAAGAUGUUCCGCCAAAUACGAGUUCACCAAGAUGACUGGGAUCUUCAGAGAAUCCUGUGGAUCGACGAGAAUCAACAACCAGUCACCUACCAGUUAACGACAGUCACCUAUGGACUAAAUUGUUCUCCAUGGUUGUCGUUACGUGUUCUUCAACAACUAGCAGAAGAUGAAGGGCACCGCUUCCCAGCAGCAGUAGAGACAGUCACCAGAGGUCGUUACGUUGACCACAUUUACGGCGGUGCAGAGACAGAAGACGGUCUCAAGGAGAUCGCAACGCAACUACAAGGGCUUUGCCAUGCAGGAGGCUUCUCUCUACAGAAGUGGAGCAGCAAUUGUCCAGAAGCUCUGCAUGAGUUGGGCCUAUCAACUGACGAAGAAAUUAUCCAGUUCGAGGAGUCAGUCACCAAGGUACUUGGAUUGUGUUGGCAUCAAUCAACCGACACAUUCCGGUACAAAUCAAAGGAUUUCAAUACGGCGACAAUCACCAAGAGAGUAGUCUCUUCAGAAAUAGCCCAGAUUUUUGAUCCACUGGGAUUUAUCGCACCAGUUGUCGUCCAGGGAAAGAUUCUCCUACAAGAUCUUUGGAGAUUGAAACUAAAAUGGGAUGAUCCUUUUCCAGAUGAGUCUGUUCAAUGCUGGAAGACAUUCCGAGAGAAUCUCAACGACCUAGACAGAGUAACUGUAUCUAGAUGGCUGAGAAUUUCAACAGAGACACUCAACAUCCAAAUUCAUGGAUUUGCAGACGCUUCAACGGUAGCCAUGAGUGCAGUGGUGUAUAUUCGCACCAAAACCAUCAACGACUCGACAUCAACAGUACUGGUAUGCGCGAAGACUAAGGUAGCACCACUCAAGCGCAUGACCAUCCCUCGACUAGAGCUCACAGCAGCUCUUCUACUGACUCAGCUAGUGGCAUCAACGAAGAAAAUGCUCCAACUCGACCAGGUAGACACCUAUCUCUGGUCUGAUUCUUCAGUAGCACUAGCUUGGAUCAGGAGCCACGCAUCAAGAUGGAAGGACUUCGUCCACAACAGGGUCGUCAAGAUCCAGGAAACUCUCCCGAAUGCUACCUGGAGACAUGUCAGUGGAAAGGAGAAUCCAGCUGAUUGUGCCUCCAGAGGCAUAUCACCGAGCCAGCUAGAAGAUCAUCAACUGUGGUGGUCAGGACCUGAGUGGAUCAAUCAGGAUCCUGAAGAAUGGCCACAAUCAUCAAUCGACGCUCCAGCAAUGGACAUCCCAGAAGUGGCCAGAGAAGCAAAACCAGCACCAGCACAUCCAGUUGCAAUUAAAAUCAACGAAAUUGCAGAGCUACUCAACAGAUAUCAGACGAUGGCUAAAUUGCUAGCCGUAACAGCUACGAUAACCCAACAUCAAUACUUUGGGCCAGCCAUUCGAGUACUCCAGAGAAAUCACCAACUACCGAGAAAUCAUCAACUAGCCAAGCUGACACCCACACUAGACAACGAAAGGAUCAUGAGACUUGGGGGACGCCUCAAGAACUCGCAGUUAAAUCCAGACGAAAUUCACCCAAUAAUCUUGCCUCGCCAAUCACGCCUCACCACACUAGUCAUCGAAGAAGCUCACCGGAAAACACUCCACGGAGGAACUCAACUCACCUUGGCCUAUACCCGACAAAGGUACUGGAUAAUCGGCGGCAGAGGCACAGUUAGAGCAUAUAUUCAACGCUGUGCCAUCUGCACCAGACACCGAGGAAGACAGGCCCAGCAACAGAUGGGUCAACUACCAGCAACGAGAAUCUCACCAGCAAGAGCAUUUCUCCACACAGCUGUCAUGUACAGUGACAAUGCCACUACCUUCGUGGGCGCAGCAGAGGUCCUAGAGAAAAUCUACCACCGAACAUCCAGAGAAAAUCAGCAGGUUCAGGCUGCUCUCGCCACCAAUGGGACUCAAUGGAGCUUUUCACCACCACGAGCACCCCAUUUUGGAGGCAAGUGGGAAGCAGCGGUGAAAUCAACAAAAUAUCACCUUAGAAGAGUCUUGGGGACAACAACACUCACAUUUGAGGAACUCAACAGUGUCGUGAUCCAGAUAGAGGCCUGCCUAAAUUCCAGGCCAAUCUGUCCCAUGUCAGAUGACCCAGACGAUCUCCAAGUACUCACCCCAGGACACUUCCUGAUAGGUGAGCCUCUUCAACUGAUUCCAGAGCCAUCAAUCAUCGACAAGAACCCCAGCAAACUGCAGAGAUGGAACCUGGUAACGCAGCUAACUCAACAAUUCUGGUCCAGGUGGGCCAAAGAGUGUCUUCAACGAUAUCAGGCAAUCUACAAGUGGACGCAUCGAGAAGAGAACAUCAAGGUUGGCGAUAUGGUGCUGAUGAUCGACGAAAACUAUCCACCAGCACAAUGGCCAAUCGGACGAGUCAUUGCGACACGCCUAGGAGCAGAUGGGCUAACGAGAGUCGCAACUAUAAGAACCGCAAAGGCAGAGGUACCAAGGCAGGCAGAUGGAUUACCAAUCAUAGAAAAUAUCAGAACAAUCUACACAGAGCUUGACAGACCAAUCACCAAGCUUUGCCUACUGCCAUCAGAUCCACCACCUCCAGAGCAACCUCCAGACGAUGAUGCAGAAGAAGAUCAACAGGACUAA